GGCGGAAUAGGUUGUGUGAUUUUGAAAUUUCAGUUCUAUUUAUUUUUAUUAAAUUUCUUUUAUUAUUAAGAUUUAAAACUUAAUCAGUAAAGAAAUCAAAUAUCUUUGUAUUUAGACAAUAACAUUGCCUUUAAUAAAUUAGCCAUUGAACUAAAUUUUCUGUUAUCAAAAUGCAAGAAACCGUUACGACCAACAACGAAAGAAAAUCCUUGUUUUCCUCAUUUCUCGAGGUCCUGGAGGUCCGAGAAAGGCAAGCUCAAGCAGAUAGGCAAUUGCAAGAAGAGAAAUAUUUAAGGAGAACGCAAAAAAUAUACGAUUACCAUGAGCGUCAGCGACGCGAGGCGGUGGAGCUGCGUCGUUGCCUGGACUACGUGUCUCAGCACGCGCACGUGCUGGAGUCCGUGCUGCGGGGCGGCGGCAGUGCCGGCAGCGGCGGGGGCGGAGGCGAGGGAGUGCCGCUGAGCGCGUCGCUGGUGCGGCAGGCGGCGGCGCUGCAGCGCUGCAUGGCGCAGUGCGUGGCCAACGCCGCGCGCAUCCGGCACCUGCUCACCGCCACGCACCAGCCGCAGAUGGACUCCAUGCUCGCCAAGAUGGAAGCGGAGCUGAGUGCGUGGACUUCUUUCCUGCAGCGCGCCGUGGAUGCCACCUGCAACACUGAGGUGGUUAUCGACAACCUGCACAAUAUGAUCGCGGAGCAGCGGCGGUGCGUGCGAGAGGUGUCCUCUUCCACGGUGUUCACUUCCAUGUGCGAGCCCAGUCCCGUAGCGGAGGCCAGCGUGGAGGCCGACGGUGCUCCGGUGAGCUGCGACUCCCCGCUGGAGCGACGCGCCCCCUCCGCUGGCGCCGUGUGCAGCACCCCCAUAGCGCGGGACUAGCCCGCACUCGCCCGUGCCCGCCGUGCCUACCGCGCCCUGUGCGAGCCCGCUCCAGGUUGGCUAUGUCUCCCGUACUUCACGCGAACGAACCAUGACGACGUCUAGACUGAACGCGUCUUCGAUUCUGUGGGAAGAGCUUUUUUUCGCGUUUCAGCCGACCCUACGGCGAUUCGAUGUGAAAAUAUAUUAUUAAACUAGCUGACUCGGCGAACUUCGUACCGCCCAAAAGUAAUAAUUUGCAAUAAAUUAAAAUUGCGACUAUAAUUUGAGAUUUAAACUAUCCUAUCUCUCAAGUUGGAUCGAACUGCACAUGGUGUGCGAAUUUUAUUAUAAUCGGUUCAGUGGUUUAG